AUGCCCAUCCGCAAAACCUACAUAGUAGAGCACCUCGACCCGGAGCUCGGUCCCUGGUCGGAGCUCGAGUACAUCACCAUCGCGCGAGAGACGGGCCGCGCGGGCGGCUCCUUCGUCCUCUCCAGCAUGCCGCCUUCGCUCGUUGAGAAGUUGCCGGGCAAAUUGACGAGCGAGCCUGCGUUCCGCGCGGAGACGAAGGGUGUUGAGGAGUUGUAUCCUGGCGAGGAGAGGAAGAGGGUGUGUCUUUUGGACCCGCGCGCCGAGAAGGAUAUUAGUCCGGAUGAUAAGGCGAAUUUCGAUGUUUUUCUUUUUGGUGGUAUUUUGGGUGAUGAUCCUCCUAGGGAUCGCACCGGCGAGCUCCGCGUCAAAGGGUUCGAAGGCCGACGUCUCGGGCCCGUACAAAUGACCACAGAUACUGCUGUGCGGGUGACGCGGAUGGUUAUAGAUGAGCAGUUCACUCUGAACAUGGUCCCCUACGUCGACCACCCGGACCUCAAGAUCAAUGAGCACGAGAGCACCGAGAUGCCCUUCCGAUAUGUCAAGGGAGACGAUGGCAACCCAGUUAUGCCAGAUGGAAUGUUAGACCUCAUUAAGAAAGACGCCGACAAGAGUAUCGACGAUCUCAUUUGA